GGGAAAUGUUUCCCCCAAUCGUUUCCGUUUCCCAGGAGCGAAACCGGCUCUGAAGAGGAAGUGACGGUACCGUGCUUGAGAGAUGGCGGCCGCUCUCCCUCUCCAGCCCUCCACGACCGCUUCGGCCACGACGACAGCCACGGCCGUCGCGCUGGGGGAGGUGGAAGAUGAGGGCCUCCUGGCGUCGCUAUUCCGGGACCGCUUCCCCGAAGCUCAGUGGCGUGAGAAGCCCGACGUGGGCCGCUACCUCCGGGAGCUGAGCGGCUCCGGGCUGGACCGGCUGCGGCGCGAACCCGAGCGCUUGGCGGAAGAGCGGGCCCAGCGGCUGCAGCAGACGCGCGACCUGGCUUUCGCCAACUACAAGACGUUCAUUCGCGGGGCCGAGUGCACCGAGCGCAUCCACCGGCUCUUCGGCGACGUGGAGGCGUCCCUCGGGCGCCUGCUCGACCGUCUGCCCCGCUUCCAGCAGAGCUGCAGGAACUUUGUGAAGGAAGCUGAGGAGAUCAGCUCCAGCCGCCGCAUGAACACGCUGACUCUAAACCGGCACACAGAAAUCCUGGAGAUUUUAGAGAUACCCCAGCUUAUGGACACGUGUGUCCGAAACAGCUAUCAUGAAGAGGCGCUGGAGCUUGCCGCCUAUGUACGGCGACUGGAAAGGAAGUACUCCUCCAUCCCCGUUAUCCAGGGCAUUGUGAAUGAAGUGCGCCAGUCCAUGCAGCUGAUGCUAAGCCAGCUGAUCCAACAACUGAGGACUAACAUCCAGCUCCCAGCCUGCCUCCGUGUCAUAGGCUAUCUUCGGCGCAUGGAUGUCUUCACUGAGGCUGAGUUGAGGGUGAAAUUUCUUCAGGCUCGGGAUGCUUGGCUCCGCUCCAUCCUGACUGCCAUCCCUAAUGAUGAUCCUUACUUCCACAUCACAAAAACCAUUGAGGCUUGCCGGGUCCAUCUCUUUGAUAUCAUCACCCAGUACCGUGCUAUUUUCUCAGAUGAGGACCCCCUGCUGCCACCUGCCAUGGGCGAGUACACUGUGAAUGAGGGUGCCAUCUUCCAUGGAUGGGUGCUGCAGAAAAUCUCACAGUUCCUGCAGGUGCUAGAGACUGACCUUUACCGGGGUAUAGGAGGCCGCUUGGACUCUCUGCUUGGCCAGUGCAUGUACUUUGGGCUGUCCUUUAGCCGGGUGGGGGCUGAUUUCCGCGGCCAGUUGGCUCCUGUUUUCCAGAGGGUGGCAAUCAGCACUUUCCAGAAAGCAGUUGAAGAAGCAGUGGAGAAAUUCCAGGAUGAAAUGACUUCAUACACCCUCAUCUCGACUGCAGCCAUCCUGGGCAGCAGUAACACGCCUGCCACAGUACCAGCCACACAACCAGGCACGCUGCAGCCACCGAUGGUGCUCUUAGACUUCCCGCCUCUUGCCUGUUUCCUCAACAACAUUUUGGUUGCUUUCAAUGAUUUACGUCUCUGUUGCCCUGUGGCUCUAGCACAGGAUGUGACUGGGACCUUGGAAAAUGCCCUUACCAAGGUAACCAAAACAAUUCUGGCAUUCCAUCGAGCCGAAGAGGCUGUGUUCAGCAGUGGGGAGCAUGAGAUCUUUGUCCAGUUCUGCACUGCCUUCCUGGAAGACCUUGUUCCUUAUUUGAACCGCUGUCUUCAAGUCCUUUUCCCACCAGCUCAGAUAGCCCAGACUUUAGGCAUUUCACCCACCCAGCUCUCUAAGCACGGAAACCUUGGACACGUGAACAUCAGCGCCAUCCAGGAACCUCUCGCCUUUAUUUUGCCUAAGAGAGAAACAGUUUUCUGUUUAGAUGAGCAGGAGCUGGGGCCGGACCUCGUGGCCCCAGCUCCAGAGCUCCCUGCGGAGCAGCGGAGCAUGGAGCCUGUAACAGAGAAGAGGGAACCAGGGGAGCCGCUGCCUCAGGAGCCCAUGGAGGGGGAGCCGCUGCCAGCCGAGCCACCGAGUGAGGGAGGAGCCAUAGGCAGUGUCCCCUGCCCGCAGCCUGGGGAGCAGCCCUGAGGGUACGCGCUUCUGCAGCGGGAAGGUGUGUGCAGUUGCUUUGCCCAGGAUAGCGCGGGCCCUGUGGUAUUUGCAGCUUUAAUAAAACCGACAACUGUC